GGGUGAGCCGCCCCACCCCCACGUGGGCUGAUUUAGAAGCGCGGCGGGCGAGCUCCUGGUCGGUCGUGUGCUCAGGCUCUCCGCAGCGGCUCCUGAACUCCUGCUGAACCCCAGUCAUGCAGCCAGAGUCCUUGCUUCACAGCGGCUACUUCCACCCCCUAUUGCGAAACUGGCAGACAGCGGCCAGUACCUUUGAUGCCUCCAAUCUCAUCUACCCCAUCUUUGUCACGGACAUACCUGAUGCUGUGCAACCAAUCGACAGCCUUCCUGGCAUUGCCAGGUAUGGUGUGAAUAAACUGGAAGAGAUGCUUCAGCCCUUAGUAGCCAAGGGCCUACGAAGUGUCCUGAUCUUUGGGGUACCCAGCAAAGUCACCAAGGAUGAGUUGGGCUCAGGAGCUGACACAGAAGACACCCCAGCCAUUCAGGCAAUCCGUCUGCUGCGCAAGGUGUUUCCCAGUCUCCUGGUGGCCUGUGAUGUAUGCCUGUGUCCCUACACCUCACAUGGUCACUGUGGGCUUCUGAGGGAGGAUGGCUCGUUCCGGGCUGAGGACAGCAGCAGGAGGUUGGCAGAAAUUGCUCUAGCCUAUGCCAAGGCAGGCUGCCAGGUGGUGGCUCCAUCAGACAUGAUGGAUGGGCGUAUUGCUGCCAUCAAAGAGGCAUUGAUUACCCAUGGGCUUGGUAACAAGGUAUCCGUGAUGAGCUACAGUGCCAAGUUUGCUUCUUGUUUCUAUGGUCCUUUCCGGGAUGCUGCUCAUUCUAGCCCAGCUUUCGGUGACCGGCGCUGUUAUCAACUGCCGCCUGGGGCUCGGGGCCUGGCCCUUCGAGCUGUGGAUCGAGAUGUCCGGGAGGGAGCAGAUAUCCUGAUGGUCAAGCCAGGGUUGCCAUACUUGGACAUUGUAAGAGAAGUGAAGAACAAGCACACUGUCCUGCCCCUUGCUGUGUAUCACGUUUCUGGGGAAUUCGCCAUGCUGUGGCACGGGGCCAAAGCCGGGGCUUUCGACCUCAAGACUGCUGUGAUGGAGGCCAUGACAGCCUUCCGAAGAGCAGGUGCCGAUAUCAUCAUCACCUACUACACACCUCAGCUCUUACAAUGGCUGAAGGAGCCGUGAUGGACAGAUAGAGAGUACAAGAACUAAGAAUUUUUUUUAAAUGAAGAAAAAAUAAAAAGAUAAGCCAGACGUCUUAGAGAAGUGAAAACCAGAGUAAAAGAUGCUUCAAAACUGUCCCUUCUCUCUUCUGCCUGCCCCCAAGUCCAGGGCUCCUGGCCCACCCCACUCCCCUUCUUUCAUCGCUGGUAGCCUGUGGGAAAGCUUGGUGAGCGCACAGAGCCUUGGAGCCCUCAGCACCACCACUACCACCACCACCACCACCUCCUCCUCCUCCUCCUCCUCCUCCUCCUCCUCCUCCUCCUCCUCCUCCUCCUCGUCCUCCAGGCAGCUCUGCUCUUCAUGCCUCCUGCUUUCUGUGGUCCUGUCAAGCAGACCCCUCACCUGGAUGCUCCUCUUCUCUGGGUGUUACUGUCAUACUUUCUCUUAGAAAACCUCCAGGUUUUAUUUAGCUCCUCGAGUGUUCUGACCUGCUGAGACCAGGGAGAUCCUGCCUUCUACUAGAAUCAUUUCAAGCCGACAGAAACCAUCCAUCAAUGAGUAAACCAGGAGCAGGGCCUUGGAAGAGUAACAUUGGCAUAGCAGAAUCUUCGAGAGUGAGGUGACAAUGCUGAUAUCAGGUGGUGGAAAGAGCAUUAGACCUGGAGUCUGAAGACCUGGAUUCAUCACUUCUCCUCUCAGAACCUCAGUUUUCCUCAUCUGUGAAAUGGGGGUCUUAAUAUUGUACUGCUUGCCUCCCAGGAUCUUUGUGACAAAAGCACUUUCUAAAUGCUAUGAAAAUGUGAAUCAUUGCUAUUACCAUUACUAUCUCCAGGGCUGAAGCUUAAGUUUAAAGUGAAGGCAAUAGACUGUUGUUGUUGUUGCUUUAUGUGAAGGGUCGAUUCUGUGAUUCUCUUAUAUCCCAGUGCUGUUCUCUGUGCCUGGUGUCAUUGGUUUGACUGUCUCCUGCCUAUAAAGACAAAAUGCUAGGAAGCAGAAUUAUGUUGGAAACCAGAGUGAGUUGGUUCUGGUGAGUUGAGGAGGGAAAAUCAAAUACCACCCUAGUGUGUCAAAUUAGUCCAGCAUCCUGCUUUUAUCUAUCUGUAUCUCUGCUGCUUUUCUGAGUGAAAAUGUGAAAAUUUUCUCUUCUCUGGGCCUCAGUUUCCUCUGUAAAAUGAAGGGAUUGGACUACAUAUCUUCUGAGUCUGGAGUUGGGGGACCUGUGUUCAUAUUCUUCUGCUGAUGUUUAACAUCUCUCUGAGUAAAUCACUUAGCCUCUUUGGGCCUCAGUUUCCUCAUCUGUAAAAUGAGGGGAUUAGAUGAUUUCUGAGGUCCCCUCCAGCCUCAAAGUGCAGUGGUCCACUGGCUGGCAGAUAAGAGCUUUUCCUGAAGGACAAAAACAAGUUCAAUUCAAAUAACUCGGCAUCAUAGAAUUUUGAAAACUAAAGAGAUCUCGAGGAUCAUCAGGAUGUCAAAAUAUAAUAAAGUUAUAUUUUUAAAACCCA